AUGCCUGGAGCUGAGCUUGCCCAGAGUCCGGAGGAAGGCAGCAGGUGCAUUACGGAAGCCCUUAUCACUAAGAGGAACUUGGCCUUCCCUGAGGAUGAGGGUCUGUCAGAGAAGAUGUUUCACACGCUUGCUGAACUGCAGACUGUCCGCCUGGAUCGGGAGGGAAUUACCACUAUCAAGAACCUAGAGGGCCUCCAGAAUCUUCACAGCCUCUAUCUGCAAGCGAACAAGAUCCAGCGAAUUGAGAACCUGGCCUGCAUCCCCUACUUGCGCUUCCUGUCUCUGGCAGGAAACCAAAUCAGACAGGUGGAAAACCUCCGCGACCUCCCACACCUCCAGUCUCUGGACCUUUCAGAGAACCUGAUAGAAGUACUGAAGCUGGAUGAAUUCCCCGAGAGCCUUCUCAUCCUCAACCUGACUGGAAACAGCUGCACCGCCCAGGAUGGCUACAGGGAGCGGGUGAUAGAAGCCCUGCCCCUGCUCCUGUACCUGGAUGGGCAGCCGGUGUUAGAGCGCUGGACCUCGGACGAGGAGGAUAAAGCCUCAAGCGAUGAGGACGAGGAGUUCCCGGAGCUGAGUGGCCCGUUCUGCUCAGAGCGAGGCUUCCUCCAGGAGCUGGAGCAGGAUAUGAGAAGGCACCGGGAGCGCAGGCAGCAGACAGCCCUGCUCGAGCAUCUUUUGAGGGUGGAGACACAGCCCGCCCUCACCGACCUCCCCCCACUUCCAAGGGCACCCAUGGCUGGAGACAGCAGCCCUUCCGUCACUCCCAAGCUAGGGAAGGACACAUCCCCGGAGCCUGCCUCCUUGCCACAAGCCUCUUCUGCCACCAAGAAAUCAUGCCCUCUGGUUUCCAGGGGCCAGCAAAGCACUGUGCAGGCAGGGAAGGGGGCCAGAGCAGCCUCAGCCCCCAAAGCCCCUCUGGGGGGGGCCCCCAGCAUGACUAAAACUGUAACCAAAAGAAUCAAGAAAUGAAGUGCAGCCCAUUGCUAUCAGCAAAGCCCCAGGAACACAGAGGAACAAGGGGUAGAAUAGCCCCCCAUCUUCAGAGCCCUCACUUGUAGCAGGAGCCUGUCCCCAAUAAAGUGUCUCCAGGCCCUG